AUGGGUAAAGCUGUUGGUAUUGAUUUAGGUACCACAUAUUCAUGUGUGGCACAUUUUGCAAACGAUCGUGUUGAAAUUAUCGCUAAUGAUCAAGGGAACCGUACUACACCUUCAUAUGUUGCCUUUACUGAUACUGAAAGAUUGAUUGGUGAUGCUGCCAAGAACCAAGCAGCUAUUAAUCCUCAUAACACUGUGUUUGAUGCCAAGAGAUUAAUUGGUAGAAAAUUCAAUGAUCCAGAAGUGGUAAAUGAUGCUAAACAUUUCCCAUUUGAAAUUAUAGAGAAAGAUUCUAAGCCUGCUGUUCGUGUAGAAUUCAAAGGUGAGAAAAAGACUUUUACUCCUGAAGAAAUCUCUUCUAUGGUUUUAACAAAGAUGAAAGAAACUGCGGAAGGGUUUUUAGGAACUUCGAUCAAAGAUGCAGUGGUUACUGUUCCUGCCUAUUUUAAUGAUUCUCAAAGACAGGCUACUAAGGAUGCUGGUACAAUUGCUGGUUUGAAUGUCUUGAGAAUUAUUAAUGAGCCCACUGCUGCUGCCAUUGCUUAUGGGUUAGAUAAGAAAGGUACGGCAGAGCAUAAUGUUUUGAUUUUUGAUUUAGGCGGUGGUACUUUUGAUGUAUCAUUAUUGUCAAUCGAUGACGGUAUUUUUGAAGUGAAAGCUACUGCUGGGGACACUCAUCUUGGGGGCGAAGACUUCGAUAAUAGAUUGGUUAAUCAUUUGGCUAACGAAUUCAAAAGGAAAAAUAAGAAAGAUUUGACUCAAAACCAAAGAUCUUUGAGAAGAUUAAGAACUGCGGCAGAAAGAGCUAAGAGAGCAUUAUCUUCAUCAUCACAAACAUCUAUUGAAAUUGAUUCUCUAUUUGAGGGGAUCGAUUUUUACACCUCAAUAACGAGAGCAAGAUUUGAAGAGUUGUGUGCAGAUCUUUUUAGAUCCACUUUAGAUCCAGUGGAAAAAGUUCUAAGAGACUCUAAAUUAGGGAAAUCAGAAAUCAACGAAAUCGUUUUGGUUGGUGGUUCUACAAGAAUUCCAAAAGUUCAGAAAUUGGUAUCAGAUUUCUUUAACGGUAAAGAUUUGAAUAGGUCUAUAAACCCUGAUGAAGCAGUCGCUUACGGGGCAGCUGUGCAAGCUGCUAUUUUAACUGGUGAUCAAUCAUCAAAGACUCAAGAUUUAUUAUUAUUAGAUGUUACUCCAUUAUCCUUAGGUAUCGAAACUGCAGGUGGCAUAAUGACUAAAUUAAUUCCAAGAAAUUCCACCAUACCAACGAAAAAAUCAGAAACAUUUUCAACUUAUGCUGAUAACCAACCUGGUGUUCUGAUUCAAGUAUUUGAAGGUGAGAGAACAAAGACAAAAGAUAAUAAUUUAUUAGGUAAAUUCGAAUUAUCUGGCAUUCCACCAGCUCCAAGAGGGGUUCCAAAGAUUGAUGUUACUUUUGAUAUUGAUGCUAAUGGUAUUUUGAAUGUUUCUGCUGUAGAAAAAGGUACAGGUAAAUCUAAUAAGAUUACAAUCACAAAUGAUAAGGGUAGAUUGUCUAAAGAUGAUAUUGAAAGAAUGGUUUCAGAUGCUGAAAAAUAUAGAGAAGAUGAUGAAAAGGAAGCAGAACGUGUUCAAUCUAAAAAUCAAUUAGAAUCAUAUGCUUUCACAUUAAAGUCUACCUUAGAUGAUCCAUCUUUCAAAGAGAAGGUGUCUGAACAAGAUUUCAAGGCUUUAGAAACUGCUGCUCGAGAGACAAUUAAUUGGCUAGAUGCGUCACAAGCUGCUUCUACGGAGGAAUACAAAGAUAGACAGAAAGAAUUGGAAAGUAUAGCAAAUCCAAUCAUGACCAAAUUUUAUGGUGCUGGUGCUCCAGGUGGUACUCCAGGGGGUAUGCCAGGUACCGGCGCUCCAGGUGCAGAUGGUCCAACAGUGGAAGAGGUUGAUUAA